UGCGAAUCCCCCUCCCACCCCCUGCGCCCCUCCCCUUGGAUGUUGAUCCAAUUGCCUAGAUUAAAGUUUGCAUAGUUUGCACGGAAUGUUAGUUUGCACCUGAUAUGUUCCUAAGAAGAAUGAGAUUGUGCGAUCGACCUCUUCGAGGACUCUUAAAGUAAUCAGAAAUGGCUGCCGAUAUAUGAUGCUACAAUCUUCUACUCUCAUGAAUGUGAGAUCUAUCCUUGUAUUUUGGUUUAUUGACAUUACCAUCUAGCACUGUAUUUGCAAUCUAGCAUAUGCAGAUAUUGUAAGCCAAUUGGGGUAACACAGAUGGAAAAGCAGCUAGAAUGAUGGCAUGGCAGGAAAUUAAACAUGGGAAAUAUAAUUGUCCAUGAUCUGUCACACAAGCACGGCAUACACAAAACUUCCAUUCAAAUCACAAAUUUAUAAUAUAUGUUUGCUUCCUCCACAAGCAUUUGCCUUUCAUAGGCCAAGGCCCUUUCUUUUCCAAUGUCAGUUGUACCUGACUUUGUUGCCCUUUCUUUGCCAAUUGUCAGUAGGUCACAACCACCAAUCAUUUGGUUUUUAGCACGUUGUUCAUUACUUUAUGCCUGUUGGGCAAUUCUUUUAGCCAACGUACAGACUUGCUGCUCUCAUGUUUCAGUCAAGUCAAAGAAGCACUUCUUUCAGUUAUUAAAAGUUAUAAGAUAGAAAAAAUAAUAAUCCUGCCUUGAUCAACAAUUUUCCAUUGUACAGACCAACUCCUCCGCACCCCUCACGAUCAUACCCAUUUAUAUUAACGAUCCAUCUACCACUUUUGGCUCUCAACGUGUUGGGCCACAUUCUCUUCCAACUGUAACACCCUUUCUCUUCUCUAUACAGAGGUUAGCUGUCCACAGUUUUCACGCAAUUCGGUUGACGGGACUGGAGGCUACAAAUGCUUGAAUUCUGAUGGCGGAAUUGGUCAGUACUGCUAUUGUCCAUGAGACAGUUAGCCAAAUACUAUCUGGUAUUGUUCAAAAAUAUGAGGAGAAAGAGGAAUCAAAUGUGAAUAGAAACUUGGAGAGGCUAGAGAUGGCUCACAUCAGACUGGAGGCUGCUCUUGAGACAUCUAAAAAGUGGCAGAUCACUGAUGCAUCCUUAUUGCGCUGGCGUAGGAAGCUAAAGCGUGCUGCUCAAGAGUGCGAUGACACACUGCACAAAUGCAAGCAGAGAAUCCUAGAAGUCGAACAAAUGGAACAAGAGGUAAAGAAUUCCUCCCUUCCUAACCGAAUUGUGCAUGCUACAAAGUCAUUUGUUUUCUCUGUCCUUGACCGCAACAACAAUGAGUUGACCAAAUCCAUUGCUCAAAGAUUUGAGUGGUAUGCAGAUGGUGCUAGUGAGUUUCUGAGAUUCAUAGAGCUUGGUGGCAGACCACGCUGUCACAUGCCCAUUGAAUCCCUUGUCAAGAACCUUUUUGCAGGCAACGAACUACAUCAUAAAAUCAUUCGGGGAAACAAAUAUCCCUCCUUUCAGUUAUGGUUGGUGCCGAUCCGUACUUCAGAGUACGGAACCACCGUUGGCUUGACAUUUGUCCAGUAUGAUAGUACACCAAAGGGUAAUAUCUUUUUUACUUUGGCCGUACAACUCUCAGAGAGUACUGACAUAUUUGGGAUCGCAAUUAAGUGCUUGCAGUUUUUUGCCCCUCAUUUCAAGUGUACAUUUCAAAUAUUAGGAAUGAACUUUCUCAACUGCCCACUCAAGAGUUCUCAUGGGGGCCAUCUAUUUAUUCAUACCAUAAGGAACAUUGGGACAAAUUCAACAGCUUCACAUCUCAGUGGGCCCGGCCAAACCCAUUUUGUUGCAAGCAGCAUGGUCAGCACGAGUUUAGACAUUUUAGCAACCUAGAUAUGGCAGGAUCAUCAGAAGCUUUGCUAGAACCAGUAAUUAGUUUUAGCUUGCAUUGUCAAGUCUCAAUGUCUAGAUACAGCAAGCAGGAGAGUUCACUGUCUGAAGACAUAAUUUCUAUGCAAGAUUAUCCAUAUCUGAAUGCGGGAAUCUUCUAUGCGCCCCAUGGCUCUUUAGAGGACAUGCUACCGGCGGAUAGGAGUUCUGAAAUAGUGGCGAUAGUCCAGAAGGAACAAAAUUGCUUGCAUACAGACAUUACCCUGGAACAGCUGCAAGAGAUUAUGAUGCCAAAGGCAAUAGAUUACUUCCACCAGAAUGCCAAAGCGAUGGUUUACCAAAUGAUUUGGAAGUCUAAACAUGGGAUUGCACAUAUUCAGGUUGACAAGCCAUGCAUGAGCACACGGAGAUCAAGCAUGAGAACACAAAGAGCUUUUGGGGUAGCUUGUAAGAGAAAGCUAUUGCACGGGCAUGACCAGGAGCUUAUUAGGCAUCGGAUACGUGCCUGUCACUCGCUCGACUUAUGGGUUGCACAUGUGCCUGUCCGACUGCAAAGAUCGCUCAAGAACUGGUUACGGAAAGAAAAGGAAAUUCUGUCUGCAGCACCGCGGCUACACCUGAAGUAAUAUAACUUGUAAGCACAUGGGAAACAAAAUCUGGAAAUGCUACGGGAAGAGGAGGAAAGCUAUAGCUUGAAUGUGUUAAAAGUAACAUCCCAAUAGUUAGGAAGUAGUGAAGUACUAUGAUUUACCUUUUUUUUUCUACAAUACUUGAGAGAGUUGCGUGUCAUUUCGUUAAUAAGAAGAAGAGUGUAAA